GAGGCACUGGGCCUGGCCUGGGCGGUGUCCGGGGCUGGGGCCGUGGCAGGAAGCCGGAAGCAGCCGCGGCCCCAGCUCUGGAGACAUGGCGGGCGUUAAAGCUCUUGUGGCUUUAUCCUUCAGUGGGGCUAUUGGGCUGACCUUUCUUAUGCUGGGAUGUGCCUUAGAGGAUUACGGCGUUUACUGGCCCUUGUUCGUCCUGAUUUUCCACGCCAUCUCCCCCAUCCCCCAUUUUAUUGCCAAAAGGGUCACCUAUGACUCUGAUGCAACCAGUAGUGCCUGUCGGGAGCUGGCAUAUUUCUUCACUACUGGAAUUGUUGUUUCUGCCUUUGGAUUUCCUGUUAUUCUUGCUCGUGUGGCUGUGAUCAAAUGGGGAGCCUGUGGCCUUGUGCUGGCUGGCAACGCUGUCAUUUUCCUUACAAUUCAAGGUUUCUUUCUUGUAUUUGGAAGAGGAGAUGAUUUUAGCUGGGAGCAGUGGUAGCACUUUAUUCUGAUAGAAGCAUUGAGUUUCUUAGAAUUUAUACUAUAUAUGUGUGUGUGUGUGCACAUGUGGCAUUUUACUAUGGAAUUUAAUACGCUGAAUUUUUUAUACUUUUCUAUCAUGUUCAUUUUAAGGAAGACUUCCUGAGGAUUAGUUUUAUUUCCAGAAAAUAGACUUCUCCAUUUACUGAAGUAAAAUUAUGUCAUUUGUUCACACAGUCCUGAUGCUCUCAGGAAUCAUUAACAUCAUCUUACUGACAGCUGUCCACUUAGGCAUCUGUCCUUUGGCCUGGGCCUGUACCUGGGCAGGCAGGUAACACCGGAGCAGCUCUCUUAUGGCCCAGAAAGACAGAGGUGGUGCUCUUUAUGUGUUGUAGACCCUUGCUUCCCAAGUGUGGUCCACAGACCAAGCACAUCCACAGCUCUCAGAAGCUUAUUUAAAAUGCAGAAUCCGAAGCCCCACCCUGGACCCAGCACAUUUUGAUGAAAUCCAGAGUGGAUCAGACCCAUGGUAGAGUUCGAGAGGCAUUGUCGCCAAGGAAUAAACACAGCACUCCGCUUUCUUGUCUACCCCUUGGCUGAGCCACUUCACCUCUCUGGGUGUAACCUGCUCAUCUGUGAAAGGUGUCUCACCUGCGCUCCUGUUGUGACCAAGCUCAGACUGUCUGGUGUUUGUGAGAUGUUCAACCCUAUCAUAGGUGGACUGCUCCUCACCUUUGUGGAAAGUCUUCUCAGUGGGGACCAAAUCUGUCGUUCCAUCAUCUCAAAGGGAAGUGGCUGUUUUCACAGUGCCGGGAGCACAAGAGAGCCCACGAGCCUCACCGGGAUGCAGGGAAGGAGUCUGGGCUGGAAUCGGGAGAACAGACAGGUCAUGCUUGUUCAUUUCCCUUUACAUGCCGGCAUUUCUCCCUGGUUUCAUUCUCGUGCCACCCUGCCUGCAGUGGUUCCUGGUGACCCUGGCUUCUUCCAAUCAGCAAGCAGAGUAGAAACUGUACUCCUUGUCUUUCAUGUCCUGUGUAAACACAGAACUUUAUGCUGCCUUUGGAUCAAUCAUUGGGCAUACAUGUCUUGUUGGAUCUCACAAUCCCAGGUGUCUUUUUCAACUUAUCUUUUUGUCCAAGACUUAUUGAGAAAGGGGACUACAGGAAACAGAAGCAACUGAUCAGAAUAUUACCAGUGGUAUUUAAAGGUUGUUGAUGUACACUAGCUGACAUAAAUGCAAACCUUCAGACUUUGAAGUGCAAGAUUGGAGUAAUUAUCAUGCCCUUCAGAUGCUAACACGGUGCUGGGACCAGAAGAUGAAAGUGAAACCUAAAAGGACAAAGUGCAAUGUCAUUUUUUUCCUACUUUUUUUUUUUUUUUUACUAUAUUGUUGUUGCUUGUGACCUUGUUUUCAAUGUUCUACAUACAUACAGAAUUGUUAAGCUGUUGUUUCCAGCAUUGACAUUGAAACAUCAUUUAGAUACUUUACACUGUUAGCCAGCAUUUUUGAUAAUGGCACAUGUACCUAUUAUAUUGUAAUACAUUUCACUUUUAACACAGAAGAAAAGAUUCGUUGUGAAAGUCUUUAUUCUGAUGUGGUCUUGCUUACGAGAUAAAGAAGUGGCAUUGUCUUGGUGCUUUUGAAAUGGGCAGUUUUAGCAGUAAUCCCUCCUACCAUGGAAUAGGAGCAAUAACUUUGGAUUGGAUGUCCAGUUAGCGGUCAUAGCUUUUCUUUCCCUACAAUGGCAAUGGAGAUGUAUUCACACUACAUUUGGGGUUUAAAGCAUUACCUCUUGAUUGUGUUUCUAGAAUGAUGUGCUCAUAUUUGGAGUAUGUGAAGUAAUAAGUUCUUAGAAGUGCCAUGUGUCUAUAAAGAGAGACAUUUGUUCCACAGUACCUAAGUAUCAUUUAAAUAAUAAACAUCAACAAGAAAUCUUGCUCUAAAUGGAUGUAGAAUACAAAAGUUUUGUCCUGGUGUCAGGAUACAAAUGGUGGGCUUUUUUUCUCCUUUAUUAAAGGCUCCCUUUUUUCUCUAAAAUGUAGAAAAUAUUUGAAGAUUCAAAGCAUGUUGAUUACAUUUUAAAACUGCGAGUGCACUUCAAACAUUGCCCACCAGGAAGUCAUCUUAGGAGGGGAGUCCCCAUGACAUCACAGUUGUCCCUGUGGUGACUACUCACAAGCAGAAUGGAAAUGUGUUUUCUGCAGAAUUCAUUCCACUAAAUGGCAGUGGUGCUCCUGGGCCAACUCUUGGGAGCCAUGCAUCUGGCUUGGAUAGAGGAGGUAGCUGCCUGCAUUUGGGGUCUCAACAACGGGCUGGUGUGGACAGUUUGGGAAGACAGUGGAGAGUGCCACCUCUUUCCUAAGAGCAAUGUGCUUCUCCCCUUACUUCUGCACCCCUCUCCCGUCCCCUGCUGCCCUUGUGGUGUAGGCGUGCUGCUGUGAGUUUCACUCUCCUCUGGUACCAGCUGGGGGCCUUCCUUUUAGGCUGCCCCUGCUCCUCAGGUUCUUCAUAUUCCAAAAUCAGCCCCCUUCUACACCCUCUAACCAGUUUUCUUUCUUUAAGAUUUAUUUAUUUAUUUGAAAGUCAGAGUCCUAGAAAGAGAGGGAGAGACAGAUCUUCCAUCCACUGUUUCAUUUCCCAGAUGGCUGCAAUGGCCUGAGCUGGGCCAAGCCAAAGCGAACAGCUUCAUCUGUGUCUCCCAUUGGGGUUGCAGGGAACCAAGGACUUGGACCAUCUUCCGCUGCUUUCCCAGGCGUAUUAUCAGGGAGCUGGGUUAGAAGGGGAGCAGCCAAGACUGGAACCAGCACCCAUAUGGGAUACCUGCAUUGCAGGUGGUGGCCUUACCUGCUACACCGCAAUGCUGGCCCCUUGUGACCAGUUUUCUAAGUGCAGCUGACAACAGUGUGGUGUUGGAAAGAAAGCAGUCUGAUCAAAGGUCUUCCCAGAAAGUAAACGAAGCUCUCGCCAGUGCCCGAGAUGGCCACCACCUGCUGCGGCUGUGUUUCUCUAACAAAGGGUGCCUCAUAGCCCGCUGACUCUCAUGCACAGAGAAAGGCAGUGUUUCCAAGUAAGCUGGAAGCACGUCCCAGAGGGCAGAGCCAUCCUAUCCCAUGCCCUCCUCAGGGGAGCCCUCAGCCUGCCUUGCUUGUCACAGUUGUUUCUCCUCCGUAGAGGCCUCAGGAGUCUCUGCCUUGAAGGUGUCCUGAAGACUUCAAGAGGCUGACAGGCUUCGUGAUGUUAGUGACGUUCGCUGUGUGCUCAGGGCAGUGUUCAGGUGGAGUCCAAAACUGUGCUUUUUCAAAAAUCAGAUUUCUUUUCUUGUAAUUUGAAAAGCAGAGAGAAACAGAGAGAGACGCAGAGGGAACUUCCAUCUGCUGGUUCACUCCCCCACCUGACUGCUACAGCUGGGGCUGGUCAGGCCAAAGCCAGGAGCUUCACACAGAAGCCUGGUCUCCCACCUGUGUAGCAAGGUCCGGAGCACUUGAGCCAUCACCUACUGCCUCCCAGGGUGCAUAUUAGCAUGAAACUUGAAUGAGGAGCAGAGCCAAGACUUGAGCCCAGGCCCUACAAUAUGGGAUGUGGGUAUCCCCAGCAGUGUCUUAACUACUGCACCAAAUAUCUGCCCUGCAAAAGUUAAAUUUUUUUUUUUU